ACAUCAGUCACAAGUGGUUCGUCUAUAGCGGACACUGAGACAGUCAAGAUGAAGUUGCUGCUUGUUGUUUCUGCUGUUCUGGCUGUAUCCAGCUGUGCCAGCAUCUCUCUGGAAGAUCUGGAGUUUCACGCCUGGAAGCUCAAGUUUGAAAAGUCAUAUGACUCUGAGUCAGAGGAGGCUCACCGGAAGCAGAUCUGGCUCAACAACCGCAAACAUGUGCUAGUGCACAACAUCUUGGCAGACCAGGGUUUGAAAUCCUACCACCUUGGGAUGACCCACUUUGCUGACAUGGAACAUGAAGAGUACAAACAGCUGAUUUCCCAAAGCUACCUUGGCUCCUUUAAUGCUUCUCUGCCUCAGCGUGGCUCUAGCUUCUUUCGCCUGCCUGAAGGUACUGAUCUGCCCGACACUGUUGACUGGAGGGAUAAGGGAUAUGUCACUGAAGUCAAGGAUCAGAAGCAGUGUGGCUCCUGCUGGGCCUUCAGUACAACUGGUGUACUGGAGAGUCAGCACUUCAGGAAGACAGGAAAGCUGGUGUCUCUGAGUGAGCAGCAGUUAAUGGACUGCUCUCACAGCUUUGGCAACAAUGGCUGCAAAGGAGGAUCAGUGAAGCGGGCCUUUCAGUACAUCCAAGCCAAUGGAGGAAUUGACACUGAGACAGCCUACCCCUAUAAGGCUAAGGGUCAACAAUGCCUUUACAAGCCUGAUGGUAUUGGUGCCAAAUGCACUGGCUAUGUUGAAGUGGAACCCAGUAACGAAGACGCCCUGAAGGAGGCUGUGGCCACUAUCGGACCAAUAUCUGUUGGCAUUGAUGCUUCUCAUAACUCAUUCAGAUUCUACCAAUCAGGAGUGUAUGAUGAGCCCGACUGCAGCAAGACAGUGUUGAACCACGAUGUGCUGGCUGUGGGUUAUGGUACAGAAGAUGGACAUGACUACUGGCUGAUCAAGAACAGCUGGGGUCUCAGAUGGGGAGACAAGGGAUACAUUAAGAUGAGCAGGAACAAAUCCAACCAGUGUGGGAUUGCUUCUGAUGCAACGUACCCUCUGAUGAAGUUGCUUCUAGUUGUUACUGCUUUUUUGGCUGUGACCAGCUGUGCCAGCAUCUCUCUUGGAGAUCUGGAGUUUCAUGCAUGGAAGCUCAAGUUUGAAAAGUCCUAUGACUCUCCAUCAGAGGAGGCUCAUCGGAAGCAGAUCUGGCUCAACAACCGUGAAUUUGUGCUAAUUCACAACAUAUUAGCAGACCAGGGUUUCAAGUCAUACCGCCUCGGUAUGACCUACUUUGCUGACAUGGAAAAUGAGGAAUACAAGCACCUGAUUUCCCAGGGCUGCCUUGGUUCCCUCAAUGUUUCCUUGCCUCACAAUGGUUCUGCGUUUCUCCGGCUACCUGAAGAUAUUGAUCUGCCCGACACUGUUGACUGGAGAGAAAAGGGAUAUGUCACUGAUGUCAAGGAUCAGAAGAAGUGUGGCUCCUGCUGGGCCUUCAGUGCAACUGGUGCACUGGAGGGUCAGCACUUCAGGAAGACAGGAAAAUUGGUGUCUCUGAGUGAACAGCAGUUGGUGGACUGCUCUCGCAGCUUUGGGAACCACGGCUGCCAAGGAGGCUUGUCAUACCAGGCUUUUCACUACAUUAUAUACAAUGGAGGAAUUGACACUGAGGCGUCCUACCCUUAUGAGGCUAGGGAUGGACUAUGCCGUUACAACCCCAGUGCUAUUGGUGCCAAAUGCACUAGCUAUGUUCAUGUGAGUAACUCUGAUGAAGCUGCACUGAAGUCUGCUGUGGCUACCUUUGGACCGAUAUCUGUGUCCAUUGAUGCUUCUCAUCGAUCGUUUCAACUCUACCAUUCAGGAUUGUAUGAUGAGCCGGCCUGCAGCAGCACACGUUUGGGCCAUGCUGUGCUGCUUGUAGGUUAUGGUACUUUGACUGGACACGACUACUGGCUGGUCAAGAACAGCUGGGGACUUGGAUGGGGAGAGAUGGGAUACAUUAAGAUGAGCAGGAACAAGUACAACCAGUGUGGGAUUGCCACUCGAGGAAUCUGUCCUCUGAGUCUGUGUAUGUUCUUUAAAGGAGUGUAUGAUGAACCUGGGUGCAGCAGCCUAGAAUUGGACCAUGCUGUGCUGGUUGUGGGUUAUGGUACUGAGAAUGGACAUGAUUACUGGCUGGUCAAGAACAGCUGGGGUCGUGGAUGGGGACAGAUGGGAUACAUUAAGAUGAGCAGGAACAAACUCAACCAGUGUGGGAUUGCUAGAAAAUCCUACGAUUCUCCAUCAGAGGAGAGUCACCGUAAGCAGAUCUGGCUCACCAACCGCAAACUUGUGCUAAUGCACAACAUCUUGGCUGAUCAGGGCUUCAAAUCCUACCGGCUUGGUAUGACCUACUUUGCUGACAUGGAAAAUGAAGAGUAUAAACAGCUGGUUUCCCGGGGCUGCCUUGGAUCUUUCAAUGCUUCUCUGCCUCGCCGUGGCUCUACCUUCCUUCGCUUGCUUGAAGGUACUGAUCUGCCCGACACUGUUGACUGGAGGGAUAAGGGAUACGUCACUGGUGUCAAGGAUCAGAAGCAGUGUGGCUCCUGCUGGGCCUUCAGUGCAACUGGUGCACUGGAGGGUCAGCACUUCAGGAAGACAGGAACGCUGGUGUCUCUGAGUGAGCAGCAGUUGGUCGACUGCUCUGGCACAUAUGGAAACAUGGGCUGCAAUGGAGGCUGGAUGGACUCUGCUUUCCGGUACAUCGAAGCCAAUGGAGGAAUUGACACUGAGACAUCUUACCCUUAUGAGGCUAAGGACCGGAUCUGUCGCUAUAACCCUGCAAGUGUUGGUGCCACAUGCAGCGGCUAUGUUGAUGUGAGUAAAUUUAAUGAAGAAGCCCUGAAGGAGGCUGUGGCCACCAUCGGACCGGUUUCUGUAGCAAUUGAUGCUUCUCAGAUGUCAUUCCAGCUCUAUACAUCAGGAGUGUAUGAUGAACCUGGGUGCAGCAGCCUAGAAUUGGACCAUGGUGUGCUGGCUGUGGGUUAUGGUACUGAGAAUGGACAUGAUUACUGGCUGGUCAAGAACAGGUAA